CUCAAAAGUAAGAGGUUUAAAAUCAUCCAGCCGUCGCACUUGAACCAGUUUAACGGAGCUUGACGUUCAGAAGUAUAUUUUUGACUUUUCAUCUACAAUGGCAGUUUUGGUAAGAACUUGUUGCUGUGGCUGCAGUCUUCGUGCGGGUGUUAUGAUUCUCGCAAUCUUGGGACUGAUUGGAUCAGCAUAUUCAAUUUAUCAAGCAGCUCAUUCUGUUAAAGUUUACAAGGAACUAGAGGAGAACGCCGACGGACACAGCCAACAUUUGCCUUUUAACAAAAAGCACUUUCUUGCUAUCAUCAGACUGAGUUAUGCAAGCCUCGCAUUCAGAGUCAUCUCACUGUUGGUGAACCUGUUGCUUCUGGGAUCCUGUAGCUCAGGUGACGGGCGUUUGGCAUUUCCAUGGCUUGGGUGGAGUAUCUUCGAGCUCUUUUACACACUUGGAGUGAUGAUAUUUUAUAUUUCCAUCUGGAAUGGGUUCGCCGUUUUUUUAAUUAUUUACAGCCUUGGAUGGUUGCUGUCGGUAUGUUGUGUUUGAGCCUUAGAGUAAUUUCUAUUUGAGAGUCGAAAGAAACUCGAUCGAGAUUGCAUUGGUUUUGCCUUACCUCACUCUGUGAUUUGUUCAGAAAGCUCGCGCCACUAACCAAUCAGAUACAAAAUUCGUGGUUACCUUGGAUUUAGUUUUACUCAGUAAACUUGAUCGAAAAGCACUCAAUUCUCUUAUUCACUAAACUCUCCACUCGUAA